GGCAACGAAGACGAGUCCUUCUAUCAACUGUUAGAAAUGAGCCAGCGGGGAAAAAUCACUGGAGGCUGAUUUCAACCCCGAAGUUCUUCUGUACAGAUUAGAUGUUCAGCAGAUGUUGGUGAUGAAAGAAGAUGCUCCUGAAGAACACAGCCGGAGUUUUGAGCUGGAGGGUCCAAAGCCGCUCAAGCCAGCUAUAAGCGAGGAAGAUGAAGAGUCUCUUCCCCUUCAUCAACACCAAAUGAUAGAUGGAGAAUUUCCAGAAGACCACUGUGGAUCUGCUGGAUCCUCUAGAAAUCAAGGUCAUGGCGAUUACUCCAACUCCUCAGAGACUGGAGUCACCGAGGACCAGGGUGAUGAUGAUGAUUUUGAAGAACUGAAACACUUGCCAGAUUCUAGGCCAAAAGCUAAAGACAGGAGAAAUGACUGGAAAGGGACCCAUUCAAGUAGAGGUUCUUCAAUCUCAGUGGAUAAAGCCAAAUGUUUUACAGCAAAUAGAAACAAAGACUCAAUGAGAAAAGGUCAAGUAGAAAUGAAGUUUAGUUUUGGUCACAGUGGUAAAGCAUGUAAUAGAAAUCUAAAAUCAAAAAGACACAAACAAACCAACUCAGAACCAAAACAGUUCUGUUGUAAGUUAUGUGGACACACAUUGGGCUACAAAAGAAAUUUAGACUCUCAUAUGAGAAUCCACACUGGAGAGAAACCUUUCAGCUGCGAUGUUUGUUCAAAAAUGUUUAGUAAGAAAAAUAAUUUGACCUCACACAUGAGAAUCCACAAUGGAGAGAAACCUUUCAGCUGCGAUGUUUGUUCCAAAAUAUUUAGUCACAAACAUCAUUUGACCUCANAUUUGACCUCACACAUGAGAAUCCACAAUGGAGAGAAACCUUUCAGCUGCGAUGACACUGACCCUUGA